AUGUCUGGUGGCUCAAAAUACACAGUUCCUGCCGUAGUGGGCGCAACCCUCCUCGGCAGCGGCGUCUACAUGAUGCGCGGCCGACCGUCGGCCACAGAAGCCCCAGCCCAAAACACGGCGACCUCGGCGCCGCGCCCGGAUGCCGACGAAGUCGAGCGCAAGAAGCAGCAGGCCCAGUCCAAGCGUGACAAGGGCAUCAGCGGCGCCGGUGUCGGCAUGACCUCCAACACGGGCGGCGCCGAGCUCUCCACCGGUAGCAAGGCCGGCAAUCGAACGGGUCCCCAGCACGGCGGCCAGAAGAUCAGCGGCGACGUCGACAGGAAGGAUCUGCCGUCGGGCGGUGUUGGCGGCGGGCACGGCGGCGGCAACGACAAUACGAGGACGUCGGUCGAGAUUGGCAAGGGUGGUACUCCGGGCAGCAAGAGCUUCUUCUCGGGAUGGUUUGGCGGUGGCGGCGGAUCGAGCGACACGUCAUCUGGCGGUAGCUCGGGAGGAUCGUCGAGCGGUGCCUCUGGGUCAGGCCAGAGCAGCUCAGGCAAGGGUGCCGGGCAGAACAGCAGCGGAUCCGGGACUAGCUUGUCGCAGAAGCUGCAGGGCGCAGCUGGCACAGGCGGCUCGACGGCCGGUGGGCAGCAAUAUGAUGUUGACCCCAAGGAUACCCGGAUCAAGAGUCACCACGCCGACACACCGUCGAAUCGUGGCGGCAGCCCUUUCGACAAGCACCGUAGGGACGUGACGGCCGUUUCGGAGACGAGCUCGAAGCCCGGCAAGGAGUAG